AGUACAAACGGAGCCCCCCCAGUGUAUAGGUAUGCGAGAGCGCUGCAUGCUAUACGCAGUCUUUGCAUGGGCAUUCGUUCGUGCCCUCGCGACAGAUGAGAUUGCGAGUUUUUUAUAUUUAUUUUAUAAAUGAAUAUUACACGGAAAAUUUAUUUAUUUAAAUAUUUCAUUUGACUUGUGUUGCUGCUAUUUUAUUGUGCUAAAAAAAACCAAAUCUAAAGUGUUAAUAGAAUUAAUAAAAACAUUGUUGUAGUGCUUUUGUAUACUAUAGUGUUACUAUAUUUCGUAUACAUUAUUACAACUGCUGCUCGUCAUCACAUUUGUCUUGAAAAUGGAUGCGGAUGAUUCAAAUGAUGCUCGAAAAAGAAAAAGAAAAAACUCGAUAGAUGACUCCACUUAUGAGGAUGAAGUAGAAAAAAGAAAACAAAAAAGAAAAGAAUAUGAUAAUCGAUACAGAGAGAAACACCCACAUAAGUCAGAAUUGGCGAAACAAGCGAACAAAGAUUAUUGUAAACGAUACAGAGAUAAACGAAGAACGUUAAAUUUAUUAUCAACUGACCAAACGUUUGUACAACAAAGUGUACCUCCUCAAAUCGCUGGUCCAUCUACCAGAGAUGUGCCUUAUAUACCUCGGACAGCAAUACAUUCGUCUGGUCCAUUUACCACAGAUGACAUACAUUCAGAAAUCAUACACAACGAGCGAAUUACAGGUCCACCAAGCCAUUCUGACGACAAUCCUCCUAUUCACAAUGUCGCGGAUAUAAUAGUUCCAGGUCAACCUUCCUCUCAGAUUGUAAAUGCUUCCUUACCUAAUGUUCAGGUUCAAACAUACUCUGCUUUUCAACGAAAUUCCUCUGCGCAUCGAGAAUUUCAGAAAGAUUUCGUUGCAAACGAAUUCGGCCUUGCUUGUGAUGUUUGCGACAGACUGUGGUUCAAAAAGGAUUUGAGUUACUUACAAAAUAUAGAUACGACUAAAAAUAUUGAUUUUGUAAGACCAUUGCUUUCAAACACUACUUUACCGGAAAUUAAAUUAUGUUCAACUUGCAACGCAGCAACUAAAAAGCAACGUAUUCCACCGAUGUCUGUUUACAAUGGAUUCAAAUAUCCACCUAUUCCUGCAUCUCUGAAAGACUUUCCUUUAGACUUGGUAACUGAAAGGUUAAUAUCUCCAAGAAUUCCGUUCAUGCAAAUUCGUAGACUGCGACAUGUACAUGGUCAAUAUGGAAUUUAUGGACAGGUCAUUAAUGUUCCAAUUGAAGUGAAUACAAUGGUUAAUGUGUUGCCAAGGCAAGUAGAUGAUGAUUAUGCCAUCACUGUUCAUAUUAAACGGAAAAAAAUUCAUAAAUCUAGUUACGUAUAUGGUAUAGUAAGGAAAAGAAGCAUAAAAGUUUGGUUACGAUAUUUGAAAGACACUCCUCUUUACACUUCCUACGGUGUUGCAGUUGAUGAUCGUUUUUUGAAUGACAACAAUGAAUGCGAAGUUGCAGAUGAUAUUGUCUUUGAUGAAGAUGGCGACAAUGACAUUUUAGAACAGAUACCAAUUGGCGAAAGUUUAAUAGCUCAGCAGCAAACAUUGAUGUGGGACGAAAAUAUGUAUUUGAGCAUUGCUCCUGGAGAAGAAAACGUUCCAAUCAGUCUGCUAUUCGAUGAGCACGCUGAAGAAUUAUCUUUCCCACAAAUAUAUUUGGGACAAUUUAGGCAAUUCCGUGAUGGUGUGGUUGCCACAGCUUUCAUGAUGGCAAGUAGUGAACUUAGGAGAUCUGAUAGACGAGGUGUAACCCCUCAACACUUGCUAUACAUGGCGAUGAAAAUCAUGAGGUUUCGAAUCAAACAGUCUCUUUCUAUAGGAUUCAGACAUGUUGGCCAAGGUAUUGCAAUUACUAAAGAGCAAAUACAGUCAAACGAUUAUAUGGAUGGCUGCAUUGAGACCAAUUUGGCAUUUCUUCGCUCAAUUCCGAAUUCAGCAUAUUAUUGGGCAGAAAGAAAAAGAGAUCUUUUUGCAAUGAUUCGACAAUAUGGUAAGCCUACUGUUUUCUUUACUAUAAGUGCCAAUGAAAUCGGAUGGCCAAAGUUAUUGCAAUCGUUGCAUAAUUUGAAAAACAAUUCGGAAAUAUCUGCUGAACAAGCUGCUGAAUUGCAUUAUAUUGAAAAAAGUACUCUCAUUAAUGAAGACGCGGUAACUUGUGCUAUUUAUUUCAACAAGCUAGUCAAUGUUAUUAUGAAAAUAUUACAAUCUAAAAGGUUUAGUCCUUUUAAACAAUACAGAGUUUUGCAUUACUUCAAAAGAAUUGAAUUUCAACACAGAGGUAGUCCACAUGCACAUAUUUUAGCGUGGUUAGAUAAUGCUCCCGAAGAUGCUCUUGACAAGGACUACAAUAGAGCCAUCGAUCUCAUAAAUUUUUUGAUAUCAGUAUCGGCCACCGAAGCUUCUGGUAAUAUUAAAUUACAAACUCAUAGGCAUUCGUUUACCUGCUAUAAAGAAAUAGUAUCGAGAAGACAACAAAAAUGUAGAUUUGAUGCUCCAUUUUUGCCGGUUAAGGAAACAAUGAUUUUAACACCUAUGAAAGAUACAGAAGAUUGUUUCCAACACUACAAGGCGAAAUACAAUUCAGUCCGUAAAAAUUUCGAAAUCUAUCACUACGAUGAUUUUGCAUCAUUUUACAGUGAAAAUGAUAUUGAUUCAGAUGAGGAAUACGUAAGGAUAAUUCGAGCGGGAAUUAAUAGACCACGAGUUUUUAUAAAAAGAGAACCUUCGGAAAAAUGGCAUAAUCCUUUCAAUCCAUUCAUUUUCAAUGUUGUAAAAGCAAAUACUGAUUUUCAAUUUAUUACUGACGAAUACUCUUGUGCAGCUUACGUAGUAGAAUACGUAAAUAAUACUAAUAAGGGCGUUAGCAAUUUGCAAAGAAAAAUCAUCGAAGUUAUGGAUGAACAUCCUGAAUUCAAUAGUUUUGAAAUUACUAAACAUCUUAGUAUCCAUCUUUUGAACCAGACUGAGAUGACGAGUCAAGAAGCUGCAUGGUAUCUAUUGAGGGAGCCGAUGUCAAAAAGUUCAACUGCGAUCGAAUUUAUACCGACUAUACGGCCAAUCGAAAGACACAGAGUAAAGAAAACAAUGAAGCAAUUAAGUGAACUUGAAGACGAUUCGAUAGAUAUAUGGAAAGAAAAUUGGUUCGACAAAUAUGAGAAAAGACCCGAUGCUAUAGAAAAUGUUUCUCUUGCUCAGUUUGUUUCUAAAUAUUACAAAAAUAACAAAGAUGAAUAUGUAGAACGAGAAGAACCAAAAGUCAUACGAUAUCGUAAUUAUGACAUGGCUGAAGACUACAAUGAAUACAGGAGAGAAAUGGUUACUUUGCACAUGCCGUUCCGACAUGAAGAAGCUGAAAUUAUUGCGGAAAGGCGGUAUAUUCAGUUAUAUGAUGAAAAUGAAGCACUUAUACUCGAGAAAAGAAAAGAGUUCGAAUCAAAUCUGGAUAUCCGAAAGACGCUAGAGAUCUGCAGAGAAUUAUGUCGCGAAGAUAUUAACAUUGAUGGAGAGGAAAUAAAUGAGGUUGUUGGUAGAAUACCUUCUACCAACACCGCACGUCUGACGCAAAUAACUGGCUUGCUUCAAAAAGAUUUUGGUGGAUUGGAUGUAAUCCCUAUCGGAGAUUUGCCUCAAUUGCCCCCUGUGAAAGCUACGCCAAUCUUCAAGCAAACUAAAAAUAGAAUUUCAGGCGAAACACCUUGGCGAAAAUUUAAACAAUUUGAACUCAAGGAAGUAAUGCGACAAGAAAAUAGACUAUUUUCUUCGAUUUUAACGAAAAUAGGAGAUGGAACUAUUUUAACACAAGAAGAAUUGAACGUGAUUGAAUCUAGAUUUGUUACUAAAGAAUAUGCGCAAUCUGUAUGUCCGGAAGGAACAAGACUUAUGUUAACAAAUAUUGCUGUCAACGAAUACAACAAUACAAUUUUGAAUAGUUAUCAAAAUAAAAUUAUUUCAUUGGCAUCGGAUGUUUUCGUUGGCUGUCAUAAUGCCGACCAAGAAGCUUAUGUUAGACAAAAGUUACACAAAAUGAAACCGGACGAGACCGGCGGCUUACCAUACGAUUUAAUUCUAGUUCCCAACCGGCCUUAUAUGAUAACUACAAAUAUUGAUGUAGGUGAUGGUUUAUCUAAUGGCACUGUAGGUACAUUAAUUCAUAUUGAAUCAAAUGAAAAUGAUGAAAUUACAAGAAUUUGGUUAAAGUUUCCAAAAUCUGCUGGUCACAAGCGCAAAAUUAAGGCACGAAAUGAUAUUGAACGCUUGGGAAUCGACAGAGAUGCUGUGCCAAUUUCUGCUCAAACAUCAUCAAUACCACUGAACAGCAACAAAACUAUAGUGGCGAAAAGAAAACAUUUUCCACUAGUUUCGGCUUUGGCUAUGACGAUUCACAAGUCUCAGGGAGGUACUUUUGAUGCUAUUGUUUAUGAAUACAGUCGUUCUCACUCAAGAGAAUUGGUUUACGUAGCCUUAUCAAGAGUAACUAAUAUAGAAGGUUUGUUCUUACUAACUAAAGAAGAUACAGGAGAGAGCUGGAAAUUUCAUCAUGGCAGAGUAGGAAACGCAUCGACUGAUGAUUCAAACACAAGCAAAAACCAAAAGAGAUCUACAACUCAUCGAGAUGAUUUAUCCAUCGAACUGAAACGAUUACAUGACAAUAACUUACAAACUGUUACUAAAACAUUUAUUGAUUUCAUUUCUACAAAAAAAGGGUUAUCUAUUUUUUCAUUCAAUUGUCAAAGCUUACGACGACAUGUAGAUGACCUAUCAGUUGAUGCUCUUGUUGAGAAAGGGAAUGUGUUAAUAUUAUCAGAAACUCAUGUGAGUAACGAAGAAACUAUUGACAUUCCAAAUUUCAACUUUAUAGCAAGUUUCAAAAGAGACAAUCGUCCAGCAGGUGGGGUGGCUAUUUAUCAUCGGUCCGAUGAUACCAUGGCCACAUUUUCUACAGAUCAUAUGGAAGUGCAUGCGAGAUAUACCAGUAUGUUUAGCACUAAUGUUUCGAAUAUUGGUGAUAUAUGUAUUUCCCAAUGCCAUUCUAAUGGACAAACAAUAAUAAUGGCUGCCGUUUAUAUCUCACCAAAACAGUCUUUACAAGCAAUACGAGAGUUCUUGUAUUCAAAUUUAUUCAUUUAUUCUAAAGCUGCUUCCGCACUACUUAUGAAAAUUAAUAGAAGAUUUGAUCAUUAUCCUAUGAUUUUCAGUGGAGAUUUCAACAUAAACUUUGCAGAUGUCAAAAAUCAAUCAUUAAUUGAAUUUUUAUAUGAAGAAUUUGAUUUAACGAUGUCCAAUGAUCGCAAUCUUAGCACAACAACAUACAAAACUACUAUUGAUACAGUAUUCACAAGAUAUAUAAAUAGAUUUAAAUCAAAAUUGUUCAUUUCAUACUUUAGUUACCAUAGACCUAUUGUUUCAGUUUUAGAAUUUGAUAAAAAUCCUGAUAAUGAUGAUGUAAGAGUUGGUGAAAUUAUGGAUGAGAAUUAAUAAAUUUUGUAUUUACUAUUUACUAAUAUUUACUCAUUUAAAUAAAACCACUUCCUUCGAAUAUAGUUUCUAUAUUAUUAUACUUCAUGUCCAUUCAGAAAGUGCCCACAUUGCUUUGAUAAACUUGAUUUUUUAUGUACAAUUUCUCAUGUCGCGAGCGCACCUAAAAAUGCUCACCCAAAAAAGUGCCCAACGCGCCAUAAGUUCAAGUUUUCACUUCUGCCUGCACUCCCGGAGUGCCACCUUUCGUGUUUUAUUUUAUUUUCUCAGAUUAAGGAGUGAAAUUCAGCCCGAUCGAGGAAAAUUUAAUUCUUCUCCGAACAGCGUUUAUCCCAUUGCGGAAUAUUCAUUAGCGCCGGAGAAAUAAAUUUUUAAUGAGCAGGCGAUUUUUCGGCCGCCUGUGUUGCCACUGUCCCAGCCGCCACCAUCGACGCUGGGGUUAUCAAUGGCGUUGGCGUGGGAUUGCCUGACCCUCGGGAUUGAAGCGUUUCUUUGUAAUUCAAAACGUUAUUAAGUUCAAUAAAUGUUAUUCAUGGAAUUUUUAAUAAAUACUCGCCCCAACAUUACGAUUCGAUUCCCCGCUCGAAUCAUUACACUAAACCCCAAACUGUCGGUAAAAGAGAGCGCAUGGCAGUGCGCCGAUGUCUGCAGUGGCAGUAGACUACCAGAAAGGUCUUGAAUUUACAAAGAAAAUUCAUGGCAAGGAAACCGAGUUAAUUAUAGCUUUUGGAAGGUCAUUUUUAUCAACAUGCCACAAUCUCUACUCAAUUACAAACCCAUAAAAUUAAUUUCACCCUAAAGAAAUCUUCAGGUGAUUAAAAUACCUUUUAAUGAAUAAUUAUCUUUUUCAAGAUCAACUUCAUAAAAAUCCAAGGAUGACAGAGUUUUUAAUACAGGCCAGAAAACAAUCCUGACAAGAUAACUUUGAAAUAAAUUCUCAUUUUGAAUAUAUGGUUUCAAGCUUUGACGUGAAAAAAAAAUCACGCAAUACCUUUAUAUAGACUUUAAAUUACUGACCAAGGAAAAUCUUCUUGUGGUUAAAAGUCAGUUACUAGAACUAAAUUGUUAGGGUUAUUUUAACCAGGACCAAUUAAUUAAAUAGCCCACAACAGGCGGUGAAGCAAUAAAAUACAAAUUAUGUACAGAAAUGUUUUAUUCCUUAAAUUAUGCACAAUUGCAAUCAAUACAAAUGUAUCUGAAACAAGCAAGUUGGGGGAUAUCUCAGUUUUCAUGGGCUGCCAAAAACUCGACCUUAAUCAUUAUUAUUUUUUUCUCAUUUCAACCAAAAUUGGCAGCGCACACAGUUCCGUUUACAAUUAUUUAAGGUGUCAAAAUACGUACUUUGUUUAGUUUUUUUUUAUUUAUUAAUCAUUUUUUCUUUGCAAUCAACCAUCAUCAGUGUAUACGUUUAUUGCUUUGCAAUGAUUCAUUUUGAGACACGUCCGAUUAAGUUGUUGUCAUGUCCGGAAGAAGAGAUUAAAGACAACUGUUUUAAAUUGGAACAAGGCAACACCGCGAGACAAUUUAAAACCGCUGACUAAGUGAUCAUCUAUUACUUUUGUAUUUUUUUUUAUUUUUACGUGUUUUUUAAAAGUAUUUUUAAUCAUUUUUUUUGUAUUUUUUGUUUAAUAGCUUAGUAUAGUAAAGCUAAUUUAUUUGUUCAGACAUCCACAUUUUUUUAUGAUUUUUUUUUUCGUAUCUUUUCGACUAAGUAGUAAUAUAGUAAUAAAGGUAAUGCGCUAAAUCUGCACUUUCAGCUAGACUUUAGAUAUCAUAAAACAU